UCACAUUUCCAACGCCAACUAUAUCCUAUCUUUCUUCGGCUCUUUUCCCAUAAUCCAAUCAAAGGUUUCAAGCCUUUAUUUAAUCCUUCUACUUGUUGCUUGAAUUAUUGUAGUAGCUAGUGUAACAAAGUGAGAUUAAUAACUUUCUCAUUAUCAUAUGCUGGUUUUGUUGUUUCAGCAAUCGGAUGAUGGGGAGAUCGCCUCGCCGUGAUGAAAAUGGCCUGAAAAAAGGGCCUUGGACGCCAGAGGAAGACCAUAUUCUUGUCGAUUACAUUCAGAAACAUGGGCAUGGAAGUUGGAGAUCACUUCCAAAGCUAGCUGGAUUAAACAGGUGUGGCAAAAGUUGCAGGCUUAGAUGGACAAAUUAUCUCAGGCCUGAUAUCAAGAGAGGAAAGUUUUCGGAGGAAGAAGAGCAAACUAUUAUCAAUCUUCAUGCAGUUCUUGGCAAUAAGUGGUCUGCAAUAGCAACCCAUCUCUCUGGAAGAACAGAUAAUGAAAUUAAAAAUUUCUGGAACACCCAUCUCAAGAAGAAGCUUCUCCAAAUGGGGAUUGAUCCAGUGACUCACAGGCCAAGAACUGAUCUCAACAUUCUAGCUAACCUGCCACAGCUGCUUGCUGCUGUCAACUUUAGUAACCUGAUCAAUAAUCCUUUAGACAAUGCUCUCAGAUUGCAGUCAGAUGCUGCACAGCUUGCCAAAAUCCAAUUGAUGCAUAACAUACUUCAAGUUUUAGGUACAAGUAGUACUAGUAGUAGUAGUUGUUGUACUCCUCCAACUAUAGAAGUAAUAAUGAAUCUUCUAGCAGGACCAACUUUCCGGGGAAACCAUCAGCUAUAUGAAUCUCAGCUUGAAGGGAAUAGUAAUCUCCCAUUUGGUUUUGCUCCACAUGAACUUACUCAAUUACAGUCAAGUUUUCUCAACUUGGAAGCAUCUCAACAUCAACCACAGUUCAGUGAAUAUCAUCAGCCAAUGAAAGACUCAAAAAUCUGUUCCACCAACAAUGAUCAAUUUGCUUCUUCCUCUUCAUCUCCUUCUAUUAAUCCAACUUCAACUCCACUUCAGCUUCCAGCAUUAGCUCCAGCCUCACCCGAACGUCUUCCCGCCACUGUUUAUCAAACUGAAAACAAGAAUUUUAACCAAAAGGAUAUCUCUAACCUUUCAUCUACUUCAACCACCUUUGAAGCUUGGGGAGAUCUUAUGGAUGAUGAAGCAAGUGACUCUUACUGGAGAGAUAUUAUAGACCAGGCAUCAUCACAGUCAUGGCCUAUCUCUUAG